UUCCGUCCACCCUCAUCUGGUCCCCUUGACUUGUCUCCUUCAGUGCAGGCGGCUUGCAGGAGUGUCUGGCCGGGAUUAAGCACACAAGGCACCUUGCAAUGAUCUCGCUGGACCUCAAUUUCAACAUUUUGACAAGGGACCUGUCACAUUACCUGGAGAACCAAGUCAAAGUUGGACUCUUCGGCUCGGGUGUUGGACUGUCUCUGGUGCUCGGCUUCAGUGCAGCCUACACCUGCUACUAUCUCAUAUCGGUUGCCAAGAAGCCGCAACUCAUCUCGGGGGGCAAAAAGUUUUACCAGUUUCUGCGCGAGCAAUGUCCCAUAGUGUCCGAGACCUACUACCCCACGUUUUGGUGCUGGGAAAGCCGCAUCCAGACUCUCCUGAGACCUUUUGUCACGGCCAAACCCGGUGUUGUCUACAGAAAUGAGCUUAUUAAGGCAGCAGAUGGAGGACAGAUCUCUUUGGAUUGGUUUGAUAACGAUGACAGCCUUGCUCAUCCCGACCCGGCCUCCAGACCCACGGUCCUCCUCCUCCCCGGCCUGACCGGCACCAGCCGAGAGUCCUACAUCCUGCACAUGGUCCAACAGAGCCGGGAUCUGGGCUAUAGAGCUGUGGUUUUCAACAACAGGGGAGUGUCGGGGGAAACUCUGCUGACGCCACGGACCUACUGUGCCGCCAACACAGAGGACCUGGAGACUGUUAUCGAUCACAUCCACAUCACCUACCAUGCCGCUCCCAUGAUGGCGGCGGGCGUGUCCAUGGGCGGGAUGAUGCUCGCCAACUAUUUGGGUCGCAAGGGCCAGGAAACGUGCCUGAAAGGGGUGGUGGUCUUCUCAGCGGGCUGGGACGUAUUCGAGUGCACGGCUUCGCUGGAAAAGCCGCUGGACCGUUUUCUCUUCAACUCCUACCUCACCAGCUGCCUCCAAGCCUCCGUGCACAGACACAGACCAGUGCUUGAAAAGUGUUAUGACAUCGACCACGUUAUGAAGGCCAGGACCAUCCGAGAGUUUGACGAGAGGUUUACGUCCAUCAUGUUCGGUUACGCCACCAACGACGAAUACUACCACGAUGCCAGUCCUGUCCACAGGUUGAAAUCGGUGCAAGUGCCGAUGCUGUGUCUCAAUGCUGCUGACGACGUCUUUUCCCCGUCUCAUGCCAUCCCCGUAGAAGCGGUGAAGCAGAACCCCAACCUGGCCAUGCUCAUUACCUGCCACGGCGGCCAUAUUGGCUUUCUGGAGGGCCUGUGGCCGAGGCAGAGCACUUACAUGGACCGAGUCUUCCGACAGUUUGCCCGGGCUGUCAUUGAGCAAGGAAGUCGACUCCAAGACCUCUCCUGAGAGGACCUCCACCAAGUGUCCCACACUCCCUGUACUUUCAUUAUUUCCGUCCUCAUUGCAUUCCAUCUACUCCUUAUUCUUCCGUCCUUGCACCCUUCAACCUUCUAACUUCUUUGCAUUCUAUCCUUCGUCCUUACCUCGCUGCAUUCCAUCCAUUCCUUUUUUUUAUCCUUUCCUUCCAUGUAUUGACCUGCUUUCAUCUUUGUCCUCCAUGCAACCAUGCCCUUUCUCCUUCUAUCCACAAGCAAAAAAGCAAGCAAAACUCAUAUGAAGUGCACAUCCUAUUGUCUGUGCUCAACCUCAUUUUAUUUGUUGUAAUCAUUGUUUGUGACCAUGGCUUCAUUGAAAGUGAUAUUGACGACAAUGUUUGGCCACAUUAGCUAGCUGUAAAAAUGAUUUGAAUACACGUACUGUACAAGGAAUUCAACCAUGUUAUCUCACAAUAUGUCCUUUAUUGUUCAUCUGUAGGAUUUUAGCCCUCAGGGAUUUUAUUUCUUUAUACUCAUUUAGCUUUAGGUUUCAUUUUAAAAGGAAUAGUUUCACUUUUUUGGCACCUUUUCUCCAUUUUCUGACAAGUGUUCAACACCACUGCACUACUUGUUCUUUAAAAGUGAAGAUGAUGCUAAAAAAAAAGGCUAGCUUAUGAUCAGCUAGAAGUGGACUUUUAUGUCCUCUACGCAAAAAUAACUACAUAUAAAACGUCAUGAAAUAAAUAAAUAAAUAAAAAUUUUUAUUAUACAGUAAUUAAUUAAGAUGUGACAUUUAACCAGAAAAGUUUAUUUUUCAUUUUUAUUUCCACAACAGAUUUUCACUGCACAACAAGAUCCUUGAUCUCAUCCACCUCCUCUUGAUCAACAGAUUUACUCAUUUGUAACAAGUAACUAAAUAAGGUAGAUUGUAUUAUUUAAAAAUGAAAAAGUUUGAAUAAAUAUAUAAAUAAUAAGCAUAAAUAAAAUAUAAUGUACGCUAUUUUGAUAUUUUUAUUGUUACAUUUAGAUUAAAAUUAAUUUUAAAAGAUUUUAUUUAAAAACAAUUUAAAGUCAAAUUUAAUUUCCUGUGUAAUUGACUCUUUUAAUCCAUCCAUCCAUCUUCUACCGCUUAUCCGAGAUCGGGUCGCGGGGGCAGCAGCCUAAGCAGGGAGGCACAGGCUUCCCUCUCACUUUGUCCAGCUCCUCCCGGCGGAUCCCGAGGCGUUCCCAGGCCAGUUGGGAGACAUAGUCUCUCCAACGUGUCCUAGGUCUUCCCCGAGGCCUUCUACAAGUCGGACUUGCCCUGAACACCUCCCCAGGGAGGCGUCCAGGAGGCAUCCUGACCAGGUGCCCAAGCCACCUCAUCUGGAUCCUCUCAAGGCGGAGGAGUAGCAUUUCUACUCCGAGUCUCUCCCGGAUGACAGUGCUUCUCACCUUAUCUCUAAGGGACAGCCCAGCCACCCUACAGAGAAAACUCAUUUCGGCCGCUUGUAUCCGCGAUCUUGUUCUUUCGGUCACUACCCAAACCUCAUGACCACGGGUGAGGGUAGGAACGUAGAUCGAUCGUUAAAUUGAGAGCUUUGCCUUUCGUCCGCAUCACUGCAGACGUCGCACCAAUUCGCCUGUCGAUCUUGCGUUCUAUCCUUCCCUCACUUGUCAACAAGACCCUGAGGUACCUAAACUUCAGUUGGGCCAGGAUCUCAUCCCCAACCCGGAGAUGGCACUCCACCCUUUUCCGGGCGAGAAUCAUCGGACUUUGAGGUGCUGAUUCUCAUCCCGGCCGCUUCACACUCGACUGCGAACCGAUCCAGUGAAAGUUGAAGUUCACGGCUUGAUGAAGCCAGCGGGACCACAUCAUCCGCAAAAAGAGUCUCAAUCCUGCAGCCACCAAAACAUAAAAAUAAUUAACAGAAUCGGUGACAAAGGGCAGCUCUGGCGGAGUCCAACACUCAAUGGAAACGGGUUCGACUUAUUGCCGGCAAUGCGAACCAAACUCUGACACCGGUUAUACAAGGAACGAACAGCCUGAAUUAGCUGGUCCGAUACCCCAUACUCCCGGAGUACUCCCCACAGAAUUCCUCAAGGAACACGGUCGAAUGCCUUCUCCAAGUCCACAAAACACAUGUAGACUGGUUGGGCAAGCACCCUCAAGGACCCUGCUGAGAGUGUAGAGCUGGUCCACAGUUCCACGAUCAGGACGAAAACCACACUGCUCCUCCGAAAUCUGAGAUUCAACAAUCUGGUGGAUCCUCCUCUCCAGAACCCCUGAAUAGACCUUACCAGGGAGGCUGAGGAGUGUCAUUCCACGAUAGUUGGAACACACCCUUCUCAAAAAGGGGGACCACCACACCGGUCUGCCAAUCCAGAGGCACUGCCCCCGAUGUCCACUCGACGCUGCAGAGCCGUGUCAACCAAGACACGCCCACAGCAUCCAGGGCCCCAAGGAACUCCGGGCAGGUCCCCCAGCAGAACAAGGGAAUCCCCUGAGGGAGCACUCUCCAGUACUCCCUCUAGAGACUCCAAAAAGGGUGGGUAUUCUGAACUACUGUUUGGCACAUAAGCUCAAACAACAGUCAGGACCAGUCCCCCACACCCGAAGGCGGAGGGAAACUACCCUCUCGUUCACCGGGUUAAACUCCAACAUACAGGCCACAAGCCGGGGCACAAGAAUUGCCACGCUUGCCCGUCACCUCUCACUGCUGGCAAUGCCAGAGUGGAACAAAGUUCAUCCUCUCUCGAGGAGAGGACUGGUUCCAGAGCCCUUGCUGUGCGUUGAGGUGAGUCCAACUAUAUCUAGCUGGAACUUCUCAACCUCCCGUCACCAGCUCAGGCUCUUUCCCUACCAGAGAGGUGUCCCAAGAGCUAGCUUCUGUAGCCGAGGAUUGGACUGCCAAGGUCCCCGCCUUCGGCUGCCACCCAGCUCACUCUGCACCCGACCCCUUUGGUCCCGCCCAUGAGUGGUGAGUGGUGAGGGGGUCCCCAUGUCGUCUCUUCGGUCUCUGGCCCCAUGGGUAUAGGCCCGGCCACCAGACGCUCGCCAUUGUGCCCCUCCUCCAGGCCUGGCUCCACAAAGGGGCCCCAGUGAGCCGCGUCCGGGCAAGGGAACACGUGAUCCAAUGGUUUGUUUCAUCAUAGGGGUCUAUAGGGCCGCCCUUUGUCUGGUCCCUCACCUAGUACCUGUUUGUUGUGGGCGACUCUACCAGGGGCAUAAAACCCCCCGACAACUUAGCUGCUCCUUGGAUCAUCGGGACACGCAACCUUCUCCACCACGAUAAGGUGUUAGCUCAGGGAGGAGAACUAAUUAAUUUUGCCAUAAAAAAGUCAACUCCUCCACUAAUGCAAAACAAAGAGUUGAGCUUUAGUGUCACAUUAAGGGGAAUUAGCCAGCUGUUGUGAAAUGACUGUCAUUUACCAGUUAGCAUAUUUUAACUGUAUUAGUGGUUUGAAGCGGCGUAUGCUUAUGACACGAGACAAUAAAAUGUCUGUGAAAUGUUAAAUCUUUAUGUUGAGUGAAGCCACGGUGUUGACACAUUAAAGAUCAAUUAAUUAUGGGUGCCGUCAAGGAUGUCUUUGAAUGUCAUCAAAUGUACACGUAGCUUAAAUCUACUGCAUGUAUUCUAUUUCAUUAGCACCUGCUUUUGUUAGUUAACAUUAUUCAUGAUGACAAGGAAUGUGGAAUUGCACUAUUUUAGAUGGCCAUGCCUCUGAUUCCUUAAUAAUUCACAGCACCUCAUGUCAAGUGAUAUGUUCAACAAUUCCAAAGGCAGUAUUGAUGUAACACUGGGUGCUAAGUGUGAUUGAAUGUAAUGUAACACGCACAGGAAGUGUACACAAUAAACCAGCGGUGAAGUGUAA